AUGCCACUCAUCCUCCUCUGCGGCUAUCCAUGUUCUGGAAAGUCGACAGUGGCUUCGCUGCUGGCAGGAUGUCUGCAAACCCAGCGUCCCGAUUGCCAAAUUGAGGUGGUGAGCGAAGAAUCCAUAGCUGGUGUUCAGCCUGUCGCUGCCGCCGCCACCGCUACCAUUGAUCCGCGAGUCGCCAUCUACACGGAUGCAAAUUUGGAGAAACAGUUUCGGGCUGAGAUUAAGUCAAAGGCAAGUGGGAACCCUCACUUAACGCACUUUUCUCCUCUGCCUUCCCACACGGAGCGAGCUCUGACGGGUAAGAAGCCCAGCAACACUGUUGUCAUUGUGGAUGCCAACAACUACAUAAAGGGCUAUCGUUAUGAGCUCUACUGCACGGCCAAGUCGAUGCGGCACCAGCAGGCAAUCCUUCACUGCACCACUGGUCUGGAUAGAUGUCGUGAAAUAAAUGCUAAGGCAUACUCCCCUACUCAACAUUUGUAUUUCUACCUGGAACUUCCCAAUCUUCCCGAGGCUGAGAAGGCUGUACUGGGUCGCUAUCCGGAGGCAGUCUUCUCCGAACUGGUCACUCGUUUCGAAAGGCCAAAUCCUUCUUCCCGUUGGGACAAUCCCCUCUACGAGCUCUGCCUUCCCGAAGACUUGGAGCAAGAGGAGGGCAGCAGCCAAGAGCUGCGGACCCUUGUUGAUCAACUGACUGCCCGGAUUUUAGGUGAACUUCUCUCCUCGGGUACCAAAGUGCGGCCUAAUCAGUCCACAGUGCCCGCACAGUCGGCUGGAUCAAACUAUUUGCAGGUAAUACCUUCUGCCCUUUAG